AUCAUUGCUGUCUAAAACAACAACCCAUAAAAAAAUAAAAAAUGGAAUGUCAUGUAAAUUUAUAAAUCAUAUGAUGAUUUUAUUUCUAGCCUAUUUCAAAAAAAACACUAGCUUUACCUUCUUCAAUUCUUUACAUAUUCAAUUAAAAAAAAAUGCCAAUAAACUCACCCUUAAAUUCCCUACUACAAUUCCAAGAAAACCACCAAUUGAAAGAAGCAAACAACUUCGAUUUCCCUGCCCCGCCACCAUCUCCGACCGCUUCAAGCCGCCGUGCCUCCUCUGUGGCAAACGACGAGGUGUUGACGGAGUUUCUUGAGCAGAGUCUCCGAGUCCCUAACCUCAUUCUCCCUAAUCGAAUCUUCCCAAAACAAAAACCGUUCAGGGAAAUUCCAGAGAUUGAUUUUCAGGCAUUGGAAUUCAGAAGUGAUGAUUUAGUUUUACAGAUCCGAGAUUCUUUAUCGGAAAUCGGGUGUUUUCAGGUGAUCAAUCAUGGGAUUCCGCCGGAGUUGAUUAGGACGGUGGUCAGGCGGGCGGGGCGGGUGUUUAGAAUGGCGGCGGAGGAGAAGAGAAUGGCGGCGAGAUCGCCGGAAAUGGAGUUUGGGUUUGAGGAUCAGGUGAGCGGGGAAGAAGAAGAAGAGGUUGUUAGUGAGAUGAGUGAGGAGUUUGUUUGGGGUAGGAGCUCUGGUUUUAUGUUGAAAAUGGAGGGAAUUUGGCCUAUCAAAUUUUCAAAAUUCAGUAACAAAAUGGAGACUUUAGCAUUGGCAAUUGAGAAGAUUGCCAAGGAAAUUAUGAUGAUCUUGAAUGAAAACUACCUUAAUGUACCAAAAGACGAAGGACAAAAUAAUAGUUCUAAAGAUUGUGUAUGCCACAUCUACAAGCAUCCCCAUGACGUGGCAGCUGAUGAAUGCCUUAGAUCCCUUCGAUAUGACGUCAUCAGGAUGAUGAUCAAAGGGUCAGAUUAUUCCCAUGCAUUAUCAUUGCAUGUUUGUGAUGGAUCUUCUGAGUUUCAUGUCUACUCCAAGAAAGGCUGGAUUUCUUUCACUCCAUUACAUAAUGCUUUGAUUGUCACAGCUGGAGAUCAAAUACAGGUACCCCUGAGGUUUUUUAGAUUUUCACCAGGUGCCCUUGUGCUUUAUGGUAAUUUCACCAGAUACCCCUGCUCACCAACGGCUAGUUUCACCAGGUUUUGUUCUGUAACAAUUGCUGGGGGAGGGGAAUAUGAAGUGAAAGAGGGGGCUGUCAAAUACCCUAUUAAGUUUGAUGCAAGGACUUGUGGUUGUGGAGUAUGGCAAAUAUCUGGCAUACCUUGCAGACAUGGCCUUAGGGUUAUUUACCACCAAAGACUUGAGGCUACUGAUUUUGUGUCUCACUACUUCAAAGGGCAAGCAUACAAGUUAACUUACUCAGAGCACAUACACCCCAUGCCUGACCCAACCCAAUGGCUUUCUUUUGACCUUCCUAUUAUCCUCCCACCACCCAUGAAGAGGGCAUCAGGUAGACCCCCUAACCUGAGAAAAAGAGGUAAACAUGAUCCAAAAAGGGGAAAGAGAAAUAGCACUGUGAGGUGUGGUAAGUGCAAGGAGGUGGGACACAAUGCAAGGACAUGCAGAGGUGGGGCCACUGCAAAGCAAAAGAAGGCUGCUGCUGCUGCUGCUGGUGGUGGUGGUGCUUUUGGUUCUGCUGGUGCAGCUGGUGCAGCUGGUUCUGGUGUAGCUGGUUCACAGCAAGGGGGAGAUCAAGGUGCUUCCAGUUCACAGCAACAACGUAAUGCAUCAAGUAAGGGAAAAAGGAAGCGUACUUGAUUUUGUGAUUUAUGCAUAACUUUUUGCUAAACUUAUCAUGUAUAUCUUUUUCCAAUGGGAGCAAGUUUUUGUAGAGCUACACUUAAAGUUUUUGCGUGUCGGGGGCACACUUUUGUAAAGCUACUUAAUUCGGAAAUGAAAUAUCAUAUUAUUGAUGAAAUGUCAUCAUUCACUUUCUCAUUACAAAUACUAGAAUAAAAAACAUUACAAUGCCAAUUUUGAUAGUUCCAUGCAUUAAUUUCUUUUGCUGCUUGAGUUUCUUCUUCAUUUGGUGAAUUUCUUCAUCCAAGCUUCUGUUUUCUUCAAUUUCUCCUUCCUUUGUGCUACCUCUGUUGUUUCUGAUUGGCAGUGGUUGCUCAAUGCUUCCCUUGCACCACUUGAAGUUGUCACAUAAGUCACACUUGUAAUAUAGUCUUUGAGGAUUUUUCAUUGUUUCAGAACUUCUUAUUGCAAAUUUUUUCCCACAUAUGUUGCAUGUUUUGUUUGGAACUAAAACGUAUGAGGAUUCAUACGUUGUAGAAGAAGAUUGGGAUUGAGAAUAUGAGCUCAUUUGAAGGUGAGUUGGGAAUUAGGAAAAAUAUGAGUUGGUUAAGGGGAAGAACAGAAAUUUGUAGUGAAGAGUUGCAGCGGCUCCCCCUUUAAAUAGAGAAGGAUUACCAACGGCUAGUUUUUUUUAAAAAAACUAGCCGUUGGUGAGCAGGGGUAUCUGGUGAAAUUACCAUAAAGCACAAGGGCACCUGGUGAAAAUCUAAAAAACCUCAGGGGUACCUGGUGAAAUAAAUUACGAGGGUACCUGGUGAAAAAAAGUUUCUAACGGCCACUUAACGGCAGGGUUAAGUCAUGCGAGAAAAUGAAACCUGAGGGGUACCUGGUAGAUUACUGAAACAACGAGGGUACCUGGUGAAUUAACUUAAACCUCGGGGGUAUUUCAUGAAAUA